UUGCUUCGCUUUUCUCUCGUCCAGCAUUUCGUCCUUUUAGGGUUUUUUUCCCCAUUUCGAUUCGCGGGUUUGUCCUCGGGAACAUCUCGCUUUUCCCCGGCAACGUCGUUCGGCCGAUUUAUACAAAGAAUGGUGCUUUAGAAGAAGUACGAGGAGCUAAAAUUCAGCACUAUGCCUUGGUUGUCUUGCUUUACGAGUUUCAGUCGCCGCUCGGUUCGGUUGUUUGUGAUCUUUCGUGUUAUACUAUAGAAGUCUAAAUUUCCUGGUUAUUUUAUCUCCACAAGUCGAAGUGCCCAAGCCUCUACCUGGUUAUUGAUAUUGGACCUGAGGAAGUGAUGAUGUACAUCAUAGUCAAUUUAAACAGAUUCCAAACAGAGAAGGAAGUCAAGAAUCUUAUAAUGAUUGUCAUUGUAAAUGCAUGUUUCCAAUCCCUUCAGAUUUGUCAGGCUGAAUAUUUCCGUCAUUUGCUUAAGCCGGUUACGUAGAGCAAAGCAUUAUACGGUAGAUCUGUUUUUAUUGACUUUCUGGUGGUGCAAAAUUAUGAAAAUGGAAGCAUUAGAAUGGUUAUGAACAAUAGGUGAACAUCCUCUUGCUCAGCAGUACGACCAUCAGUUUUUCUGUUCUUAUUUGGCGACAGCUUUACCUCCUUGUGUUUAGUUUUGGAUGGACUGGAACACAAAUUCCACACAUCCUCAAUAUGGAUCUGGGUGGGGCUUUAAUGAAUUUCCUGGAGUACUGGAUGGUGGGUAUGAUAUGUACUCCAACAGAGACUCUUCCUCUGCACAACGCCUCCCAAGGUUAUCACCUGAGCUAUAUGAGGGCAAUCAAGACAUGGCUGUGGGUCACGGGUUAGAACCUGCAGCUUGCAAUGUGGCUGCUGGUGAAGACAUAAUUUGUGGGCAACAAAUGAAUCCGGUUCACGCGGUUGAAUUUCAGGCUUGCAGCAACUGCCCUAAGAAUUUCAUUAUUUUUGAUCAAACUGAUUAUAGGAGCAGAAUGAUGUUCCAUCCUUCACUCUCAGAUAGAAUCGCAACUUUAGGCCUCCACAACACUUGCUUCCACGAGAACGAUGGUGAAAGCAAAGAAAGUUCUUUCAAAGAAGACACAAGAGAUAUUGACGCAUUGCUGAGCUCCGAUGAAGAUGUUGAUGAAGAAGAAGAGGUCAGUACAGGUCGAAGCCCGUGGGAGCACCAAAGCAGCACUUCGGCAGAUACAUUGUCCACUGCAACUUCAAGAGACAUUGCAGGUACUGCUGCACGUGAGCAGAAUCCAAUCUCUGCAAGUGCUGAUGCAGACCACACGCAGGAGAGAGUGCAGAAAAUGAUAGAAGCACUGAGGGAAAUCCUACCCUGCGGCGAGAGAAUGGAUACUGCGGAUGUCCUGGACGAGGCUCUGAGGUAUCUGAAAUUGUUGAAAAUGGAAGUGAAAGAACUCGGGCUGAUGUGAUGCGGCGCGUGCCGCUUUGCUUGGACCCACCCUGCUGUAUGCACUAGGUCCCUGCACCUAUAAGGAUACAGAAGAGCGACAUUUGAAUCUUACAGUUAGUCUUAGUGUUUCAGAGUUUCGUUUGUCAUGGAGUUUAGCGUUUCAGCAAGAGAUUCUCAUGUGGGCGUGAAAAUAUUUUCAGUGAUUCAACAGGAAAAGAGUGGCGUCUAAAUUCCAAAAGUCUUAACCGCGUUUGCUGAAUCCAGCGGCGAAGCUCCCAGUGGACCACCAAUAGGAGAUAAGAAAUAAUAUUGGGGAAAUAUCUCAGGCCUUGAAAGAUGAGACCCUUCCCUCCCCAGGUCCGUCUCGUGCUAUUUAUUUAGGAGGAUUAUCAGGCAACGUGCUGUGUCGCCGUUGUUCUUUAUGUCUUUAAUCGGUUUAUUUAUGCAUAAACUUCUCUCAAUGAGCUUACUUUCCA